CAACUGUCAAAACAAACAGGGCGACUCCAUAUGAUAUCAUUCAUUCAUAUUAUAUCAGAGAGGCCUGGCUAGUAUUGAGCAGACUUCACAAGUGAGUGCUAUGUGGCUCUUCAGUGGAUAUGAACAGGCGGACAGUAUUCAAGUGGAAGCGUUCAUGGACCAGCAAUACUAUAGCCUCUUGCAAGUCACCUCUCUCUACCUCAAGAUGGGGCCUAACAACCGUCUCCUCAGUUUUAUCCAGUUCACCAUAUAUCUCAUCAUUCUCGGCUUUCAUUGGAUGAUCGUUGUCAACGCCACCCUCGUCAUCUUCGAUAUCAACAUGGUCCUCUUCAGCCAGAGCGUCCAUUUCAGCCUAUUAAUCCAAUUAGCCUUUAUCUUACCCAUUUGCUUCCUGAUCAAGCACAAAAAUAUGUUCAUGUUCCACAAGAUGCUGUCUUACGAAUUCUUCGACUACCAAGAUCCUCCCAUCAUCGGCGAAGACUACCUUCGCUCAGUCAUGGCUAAAGAAAACCGUAGAAUGUUCUUGAUUCCUGUCGGAGUCGGGGCGGCUGCGGGUGCCGUUCUGAUCAUGGCACCGAUCGUCGAUCAUAACGUUGGGUCUUUCGACUUUAACAGGACUACCAACAUCUUUUCCGACAACCUCCCGUACCGCUACGCUCCGUAUCCUUUCAACGUCAAGGAUGGCUUCGGGUAUUACUUCGCCUUGUUGGGACAGAUGCUUUGUGGCCUUCUUUUAACUGUCAUCAUUGGAGGAGGCGGUUUCCUCUUUCUGAAACUUGCGCAAAACAUCUGUCUUCAGUUGAAGAUCUUACACAGCUCAUUGGAUAAUAUUGAGAGCAGAACGGAGCACUUAGUGAAAAAGUUAUUUGGAAGUAUAGACAGAAACAAGGACUUGUAUCACGAUAGCCAUUACGCUUACUGUUACACAAUGUGCCUUCGCAAAAAUUACCAGCACCAUCAGGUCAUUGUGAGUGCCUUUAAAAUAUUUGAAGAGUUGGCGUCUAUACCUGUGUUUCUGGCUUACAUGACUGGCACCAUAGUUAUUGCUCUAAGUCUAAUAUCUGCUGGCUCGGCGAAAGAACUGCCCGGAACUACGGUAGCUUCGAUGAUACUGUGUGGCGUCGAAAUUGGCUACAUGUUCCUUUUCUCCGUCUUCGGCCAGAGGUUGAGUGACUUGAGUUCUGACCUGAGAUUCAAGAUAUACAGUAUCAAAUGGUAUCUAUGUGAUACGAAAGUCACGAGUAAUUUGAAGAUCUUCCAGGAGGUGACGCUCAAACCAUUAACUAUGACGGUUGGUGGAAUAGUUCCUGCCAACAUGGAGACAUUCUCUACAGUAAUGAAUAGUGCUUACUCAUACUACAACCUGGUCAAUGCUUUUGAUGGUAGUUAAAGUCAUAUAUUAACUUCCAUAUAUGAACUAUUAACUUACUUAAUUAAAGAAAAAAUGCAAUACGCAACACCCUUAAACCUAAGGCUGGGGGCUUUGUACAAUGUUGAAAUAUUUCCAAAAUCUACUAUAUUCUGUACCAUAAUAUAAAUAGGAUAUAAUGGCGUAAUUUAAGCUAUCUCUGAGAAUUUCCUUUAAAAAUGAUAUCAAAUUACAUUUGUUCUUUACAUUAUAAUUGUAACUUUAAUAUAAAAAAUAAAUAA